UUCCCUCUGAUUCUGCGGUUUCACCGAUACCCUCCUCUCCUCGAACCUCCCCGCUCCUGCCUCGUCUUCUUUUACCGGGCGCCGCGCGGUCGGAUGCACCCAGCUCUUCGUGCCGACGGAGCGUUGGCACUCGAGGCGACCGCAGGCCCAGAGGUGGGGAGCCUCGGCCUCCUGGUGCCGGCGCUGCCGCCCGAGCCAGUGGUGAUCCGGAAGGUUCGGCCCGGCGGUUGGGCCGACCGCAGUGGGCUGCGGCCCGGCGACGUGCUCGCCGAGGUGUGCGGCCAGGCCCCCGCGGACAUGGCCGCCACGGCCUUCGUGGCCGCCAUGGAGGCGCGGCCGCUGCGCAUGGUGUUCUUCAGGCGGCCGGCCGUGCCGUCGCCGCGCGGCGAGGACGACGCCAGCGAGCACUGUCACACUGCAACGGGCUCGACCUCAGAGGACGUCGCCCAGCAGGUCGGCGACAGGAGGAGGAGGCUGUCUUCAUCCUCGUUCGACGACGAUGACAACGACGUCUUCGACAUGACGGCCUUAACGCCUCCGUCGCCAACUCGCGGCUCACCAGGGCCUCGCAGGCUGAGCGCGUGGUACUGCGAUGACGCCGAGGGCAAGGCGGCCUCCGAGGAGGGUGGCGCGCAGCGCGCGCGGCGAAGCAGCCUCGGCGACUGGUACCUCGACGGGCAGGAGCGCCCCGAGACGAGCACGGAGCUGACCGUCGUGUACCAGAUGUGGCACGAGAGCCGGGCCAACGAGAUCACCGGUUACGGGUCCGCGAGCAGUUCAUGCGCGGCGGGCAGCUCUUUCCUCCAGAAAGGCGCUGCGGCGGCCGAGUCGAGGCGGCUGAAGUGGUGCGCGGCGGCCGAGGAGGAGGAGGCGCUCGCCGUGUCCUUCGCGCGUGCGCUGCGCAGCGAGGACGCCGACGAGGUGGCGGAGAUAGUCGCCAAGGCAGAGGCCGCGGGGGUGCUGGCGGACGCCGUGGAGGAAGCCCGCGGCUGGUUGGAAGGCCUGCGCCGCGCCGCGGCCGUGAGCCCCUCCGCCCUCGGCGAGGGCGAGGAGGCCGUCGAG